AUGGCCACUCACAUAGAAGAUGUCAUUGAUGAAUACCUACGUCACGUAGCAUGCCGUCGUAAUAAACAUGGAUUUACUGGUUUUAUUCUUAAAAUGAAUCAUUUUGUGAGAGGGCUAUUUGCAUGCCACGAGAUAGCCUCUGAGAUUCAACUCAUCAAAAAACGUGUCCUCCAAAUCCAACAAACAAGUGUAGCAUAUCGCUUGAAUUCAACAGAGCAAACUUCAUUUAGCUCUUCAAAGAGAGAUGAUAUGUUAUUUGACCCGCGAAUGGCUUCCCUUUACACAGAGGAAGAUGAACUCGUUGGUAUUCAGACUUUGAGAGAUAAACUGAUAGGUUGGUCGAUAGGAGGAGAGGUAGCAUCUAGACGCUCAGUCAGUUCAUUGGUUGGCAUGGGAGGUCUGGGAAAGACCACUCUUGCAAACAAAGUCUACGACAACCCAAGGUUCACAGAAUGGUUUGAUUGGCGGGCUUGGAUCACAGUGUCACAAUCAUACAAGAAUGAAGACAUACUCAGAAACAUGAUUGCAGAAUUCCACAGGGUGAGGAAGGAGUCUGUACCAGAGGGAAUUGAAACAAUGGGUUUGAAAUUGUUGAUUGACACUCUGCGAGAAUAUCUCAAGGAAAAGAGAUACGCAGUUGUUUUUGAUGAUGUGUGGAGCACAAACUUGUGGGAGUGUGUAAAGCUUGCAUUACCAGAUGACAACAAUGGCAGUAGGAUAAUUAUCACAACUCGCAAGAGUGAGGUUGCUGCUUCUUGCAGAGGAGCUUUUUCUGAUCAAGUGUACGACCUUGAACCAUUAUCUCCAGAUAAGGCAUGGGAACUCUUCUGCAAGAAGACAUUCCGAGUUUCCGGGGGAUAUUGUCCACUAGAGUAG